CGAAGUGGAUCAAAAUGAAGUUUCUCCACCUAUUGUGUAUUGUGAUUUUAUUGGCAAUUUGUUCGAGUGCUCUAAAGUAUGUGUUCGUUCCUGAAAACGAGGACUUUUUCGAAGAGUGUCCAAAUGAAAAAAGUAAUGUCCUCAGUGUGAACGAAGCCGCCGAUAUGUCACAGAUGACAUUUACGAUACAAGAUGAAGUCAUAUUAGUUUCGGGAAAUGUUACCUUCACCUGGAUGAUUGAAGUUGGGGAUCGCAUUCAAGCCUCUUUUUCAGCACUUAAAUAUGAUCGUGGAACGUGGCAGCAAACACCAUACAGCAUGAGAAUCCGCGACUUUGUACCAGCUCUGUUCGACAAAAAUCUUGACUUUUACAAGUAUUGGACAAGUCAUAUAAUCAAUAAGGACGAAAUCAGAGACACAAUGUUUUACCCAGGAACUAUAUUGAUCCACGAGCCUUUGGACAUAAAUGUGACAGUGGAAUCCAAUGGAAUGCCCAUAAGCGGCCGCUACAAGUUCACUACCAUCAUAAAGGCCUUUGACUCUAACAAUGUGCAGCGUGAUACAUACAUCUGCUUCAUAGUAAUAGGCGACGUUAACAGGUUGUAGAU